UUAUCUUCACAUUCCAAAAGAUGGAAAAUGGAAUCAAUAAUUGUAUUAAAGCUGGAAAUAAAGAUGAUGGUUUGAUUUCCACCUUUAAACCAAGAUAAGAAAAUAUAAGGGAAAAAUACUUUAAUUGUUCUAAAUUUUGUGUUGUCGUCGUCCUCUGCAGCACCUCGUUGCCACCGUCGACCGCUACACAACCAUAGUUUGCCAGCUUGCAGCACCUCGUUGCCACCGUCGACCGCUACACAACCAUAGUUUGUCAGCCUUGCAGCACCUCGUUGCCACCGUCGACCGCUACACAACCAUAGUUUGUCAGCCUUGCAGCACCUCGUUGCCACCGUCGACCGCUACACAACCAUAGUUUGCCAGCCCUGCAGCCAGCCUUAAACGUAAUCUCUAUCAGCCAGCAACGAUUUAGUCUACCGUGCAGGAUAAAUCAAAAAAAAAAAAAAACAGCUCCAAAUAACAUAAAUGGCGGAUGCUAUAGUUUCAGAAGUGGUGGGGAGAAUUGCAACUAUGUUAGAAGAUAAGAUUCGGUAUGAAGUCAAUUUGGUUAGAGGCGUGAAGGACGAACUUCGUUAUCUUUCCGAGAAGCUCAACACUAUCCGACAGGUGUUGGAUGAUGCAGAAAAGAGAGGAGUGAAAGAUGAAAGUGUCAAAAGAUGGUUGAAGAAGCUCGAAGCUAUGGCCUAUGAGAUGGAGGAUAUUUUGGAUGAAUGGAACUACUAUUCUCUUCUCAAAGAUAAGAUGGAACCUAAGCAAAAGAUAGGAUGCUCCUUCAUCAGAUCUUCUUGUUUAUGUUUCAAAAAAGUUUCAGUCCAUCGUGAUAUUGCCAAGAAAAUUGAAAAUGUGAAAGCUAUGCUUGAACAGAUUUACGAGGAGAGAAAGGAAUUUGAUUUUGUCAUCGCUCCGCCUACAACUGAUCCCGUGCCCACACCUUGGCGAGUGCAAUCCACACCUCUUGUUGACUUGACGAAAGUUCACGGGGUGGAUAUACAUAACAAAAAAGAAGACAUAGUGAGCAAACUAAUGCUUAAUGGUGGUCAUACCCAAGUUUUGUCUAUUGUUGGAACCGGGGGACUUGGGAAAACAACUCUUGCCAAACUUGUUUAUAAUGAUGAACGAGUGAAGGAUUGUUUUGAAUUAAGAAUAUGGAUUUGUGUUUCUGAUCCAUUUGACGUGGCUGGGAUCGCAAUUGGAAUUGUUAACAAAGUGGGAAUAGAAGAGAUUCCCCCGAAUUCCAACCAAUUGGCACUGGUAUUAGAAAAGCUAGAGGCAUCCAUUUCGGGAAAAAAGUUUCUUCUUGUGCUGGAUGAUGUUUGGACAGAAGACAACACCAAGUGGGAGCCUCUGAAAAUCAGUCUCCAAUGUGGUGCAGCAGGCAGUAAAAUUCUGGUGACAACGAGAAAGGAAACGGUAGCUAAGAUGGUCCGUACCUUAAACGAUGAUAUGUAUCACCCAAAUAAGCUUAGUGAAGAAGAAUGUUGGUCAUUAUUGUGUGACACAUCUCUUCCUGGAAAGAGUGAUGAAGAAUGUGGAAAAUUCGAGGUGUUUGGCAAGAAAAUAGCUAGAAAGUGCAAUGGAUUGCCUCUUGCUGCAAUUGUUUUGGGAACACUUUUGCAGUUCAAGGAUUUGGAAGGAUGGAAACAUGUAGAGAAGAGUGAAAUAUGGGAAUUGGAGAAUGCAAAAGUAGAGCUUUUUCCUCAUUUGGUUUUAAGCUACAAUGAUUUGUCCCCGGCUCUUAAGUGUUGUUUUUCAUAUUGUGCCGUCUAUCCUAAAGAUCACACAAUUCAUGCAGAGACUCUGAUAGGAGAGUGGAUGGCGCAAGGUUAUCUAGGGUCUGAUAGUGGAAACAGUGCACUUGAGCUGAAAGGGCGAGAGAACUUGAGAAAUUUAGCAAUGCGUUGUUUGAUUCAGGACAUUGAGAAAAGUAAGUCGGGGGAGCAGAUAGAAAGGUGUAAAAUGCAUGAUAUAGUACAUGAUUUUGCUAUGUUUCUUAGGAAGAAUGAUGACAAAGAGAGAAGUUGUCAAGCUUGUGACUCUUCAUUGGUUUCUCAUGUCCAAGAAUAUCGGAGUCUUCCGUGGGACUAUGAACCACCAGUAGAUGAAAGAGACAGAAGUUUUCAAGUUUGUAAUUGCAUAAAAAGUCUUAGGGUGAUGAGCAUUUACAGAUGUAUUCCAGUAGGAAUAGAAAUGUUAAUUCACUUGAGAUGCUUGGAUUGUAGUGAUAUUGCAUUGUCAAAGGAUGACCUCGAAAUCAUAUGCAGGCUUUAUUUCUUGCAAACUCUUCUCUUAUCAAGGUGCGGCCUAACUGUGAUACCACGAGAAAUUGGAAAUUUGAAUCAAUUAAGACGACUUGACUUAUCAAGGUGCGGCCUAACAGUGAUACCACGAGAAAUUGGAAAUUUGAAUCAAUUAAGACGACUUGACUUAAGGUGGAAUAGAGAACUAAAGGAGUUACCAGGGAGCGUGUGUAGUUUGAUUGAAUUGCGAUCUCUUUCCUUAGAAUGGUGCUCUCUAGAAGUGAUUCCACAAGAAAUUGGGAAUUUGGUGAAGUUAAGAGAACUUGACUUAAGUUGGAAUACAAAAUUAAAGGAGUUACCAGAGAGCAUUUGUAGUUUGGUUGAACUGCAAAUCUUGAAGAUUGAAGGCACUGAUAUCAACUGUCUGCCUAAAGCAUUAGGUGACUUAAGUAAUCUCUGCACACUGCAACUGCGCGAAUUUAAAGUAGGAAGUGAAUACAACAAGUUGGGUUUUCUGAAAACAGUAUACCAUUGUCUUACCGAAUCCGAAUCUCUAAAUUUGGAAAUCUACUGGAGUAGUAUGAGUGAAAUGGAGGAAUUAGUUGAGGAUGCUCGACAAGCAGAUUUACAGUCAGUCCUUCAAAAACUAGAAUCACUCAGAAUAUAUUUCAGGGGUAGGAUGAAUGAAAUGGAGCAAUCAUCAACAUCAUCAUCAAUGUGGAUGGAGGUAGCAGAAGCUCUCGUGCCUCAUCACUGUUGAAAUUUGCCAAAAUCCAAAUCCCACAUCGGUGGGUUGAUAAUUGUUUGGGGGUGUGGCUGCCUAUAAAAGGAGCUCACCCCCACUUUGUAAAUUAUCCCAAAUUGUACUCUUCUCCAUUUAAAUAUAUAAGUGGGCUCUGCAGAGGGUGCUCGGAGACGUAGGCAAUUUGGCCGAACUCCGUUAUCAAA